AUGUAUCAGUAAAUUAAUGCACUUCGCCUGCCAGGAACAACGCACUUCGUAAAGCGGGCGAAAGGAUCAUUUCAGUCGGCAGUCGCCUUACUGUUGCCAUUGAAAGAAAUAGAGCAGGAACAGAAUUGACCUACGUUUUUGAACUCCAAACCAAAAGGCCCACCUGGCGUACACGUCAUUCGGCGGUAAAGAAACUGUUUUGAGUGAUGGCAGCAAGCAAAGAGGAACCAAAUAAAACAGUCGAGGAUAAGCCGGAGGAUCUACAGAAAACUGUGGACCAUGUCGUGCGAACAUGGGAAUUGGUGAACAAAGAUGCUUUAAAGCACGGGAUUGUGUUUUACAAAAGGCUUUUCACCACACAUCCCGAGGUUAUAAAAUUGUUUUCAUUUUCGUCUGAAGUAACGGAGAAAAUGGAGGAUAGCCCAGGCUUACAAAAACAGGCAAAUUCACUCAUGUCCAUGAUCGACUAUGCCGUUAGUCAGUUGGGUAAUCUUCCUGAACUCGUUCCGCAAUUGAAAGAACUUGGUGCAAAACAUGUUGUUGAGUAUCAUACUAAACCCGAGCACUUUAAGCCUGUUGGUGAAUGUUUGCUUUGGACUUUAAAAGAAGGUUUGGGAGAAUUGUUUACACCGGAAGUCGAGAUGGCUUGGACAUCGAUCUAUAAAAUCAUCGCUGACACUAUGAUUGAAGGUGGCAAGGAGGAGUUAGGCAAUGCAUCUGCGUGAAUGAUCAUUGCCUUUCCAGGAUCGAACAGUGAUAUGAAGUUCAAACGUGCACCGUUUCAUUGGGAUACUUAUACACCGUCUUAUUAUAGCUGAAUUGUAAUCUAGAUGACAGUAAUCAAACGAUAAUACCAUUAAUUACAUACCAUCAGGAGCACCCGAUUAUUCAUCUUUUGCACUUUUUCAAUAUUUCAUCAGCACACUUCUUUAGCCAAGGAAAAUCAAAGUAGCGUUGCGACUGUCCAAUUAGCAUUCAUGAUGCAAACUACGGACCUUUUCUCCGGGGAGAGGAAAUAUUCGCAACAUCACAGCAUGGGAGAGAGUAAAAAUAUCAACACCAGGUAGCCUUUGUUUUCGUUGUCAUUUCUCCUCAGACAGAUCGAUAACAGAAUAGUACACUAAGUUGGUAUUGCAAAUAAUAUAUUUCAAUAGCUUGC